AUGAGUGGAAGGCUAAUCGUUCGUUCUAUUAUUUAUAAUUUACCAAGAAUAGCCUUAACAAACCGGAGUACCUUAACAUAUAAUAAAGCAUUUGUAAGUUUAUUCAAUGUUGACAUUCGAGAUUUUAGUACUAAGAAAAAUGUUAAAGUUGUUGAAAAGAAACACUGUAAUAUUGGUACUAUAGGCCAUGUAGACCACGGUAAGACUACUCUCACUGCUGCCAUAACAAAGGUAUCAGCAAAUGAUGGUUUUGCAAAGUAUGUUCCAUACGAGGAAAUAGAUAAGGCUCCUGAGGAAAAAGCUAGAGGUAUAACAAUAAAUGCAGCGCAUGUAGGUUACAGUACAAAAAACCGUCACUAUGCACACACAGACUGCCCUGGUCAUGCUGAUUAUAUAAGAAAUAUGAUUUCUGGAGCUUCACAGAUGGAUGCAGCAAUCUUAGUUGUAGCGGCAAAUGAUGGACCAAUGCCCCAAACACGAGAACAUUUACUAUUAGCAAAACAAGUUGGCAUUCAAUAUAUUUUGGUAUAUAUAAAUAAAGUGGAUAUUGUAGAGCAGGAUGUUUUAGAACUAGUAGAAAUAGAAAUGAGAGAAAUGUUAACAGAUUUUGGCUAUGACGGGAAUACUGUGCCUUUGAUAACUGGAUCAGCUUUAAAAGCUUUAAAUGAUGAUCAGUCAGAAAUAGGUGUACCCUCAAUAAGAAAACUAUUAGAUACCAUAGACAAUUAUGUACCACCAAUCAUUAGAGAUCUAGAGUCGCCAUUUUUAAUGCCUAUAGACAAUGCAUUCACUGUUCCUGGUAGAGGUACAGUUGUCGUUGGUACAAUCAAAAGAGGUGUUAUGAAAAAAAACGACGAAGCAGAAUUAAUGGGCUUCGGACAAAAUAUAAAAACAACUUUAUCUGAUAUACAGAUUUUUAGAUCUAGUGUUUUAGAGGCAAUUGCAGGAGAUAAUGUAGGUGUAUUAUUAAGAGGGAUGAAAUUAAGAUCAGUAGAAACUGGCAUGUUGCUAUGUGCGGCUAAAAGUAUAUCUCUUUGUAAUCAUUAUAAGGCCAAAGUUUACUUUCUGUCGAGAAGCGAAGGUGGAAGAAAGAAACCAAUAUUUUCCAAAUAUUCACAGCAAAUGUUUAGUGGCACUUGGAAUAUAGCCUGUAGGAUUGAUUUAGAACCUUCCAUGGAAAUGAUAAUGCCGGGAGACCAUGGUGAAGUGUACCUUACUUUACUAGAAAGCAUGGUAAUGACUCAAGGUCAGCCGUUCACCAUCAGAGAGAACAACGUGACCGUGGCGACCGGCAUCGUGACGGACAGACUGACGAGUGUGAACGUGCCUAAUGGGAAGUUAGGGAAAGUUGUGUUGAAUUUGGAA